AGAAUCUUGUGCUCAAUGCAUUUGUAUCCUUGGGCACACGGCAUGCAGUCCAUUCGCAGAGGUUUGACUCUGGGCUGCAUCUAUGCCGCUGCUGGAGAUUGACGAGGAGUUGUCAGUGUCACUGACUUGGUCUGUGGAUGAGGAUGGCACGCUGCGACACAAUCCCUCAGGGAUGCGGGUGUCGCCAGACAAGGGCGUGGUGCUUGAUGGCCAAGAAUAUCGCCUGUCCCCACAAGACAUUGACUUGGACAGAAGUUGCACCCUGGGCACUGGUGCCGGCGGUGUGGUCCAGGCUGGGGUGCACAAGCCCACUGGCAUGCGCGUGGCAAUCAAGACGGUGAAGGUUGACCACAAAGAGAAGCGUGAACAAAUGCUGAAAGAGAUCAAAGGGCUUGUGCUCGCUGCAGGUUGUCCAUACCUGGUGCAGUGGUAUGCAGGCUUUGUCGGCAAGGACACAGGCCUCGUUCAUGUCGUUGUAGAACUCAUGGACAGAGGCAGCCUGGCAGAUUUGAGAAGGCGGUGUGCAGGCCCGGUGCCGCCCGAACAGCUGGCAUGCGUAGCUGCUCAAGUUGUUCGCGGGCUAGCACAUCUUCAAAGCAGGCGUUUACUUCACCGAGACGUGAAGCCUGAAAACGUUCUGCACAAUAGCCUGGGCCAGGUGAAGCUGACCGACUUUGGCAUUUCAAAGGAUUUGACCUCUACAGCUGGUGUUGCUGCAAGCUUUGUCGGCACUGCCAACUACAUGUCGCCUGAGCGAGCGCUUGGGAAGGACUAUUCCUUCAGGUCAGAUGUCUGGAGUGCUGGAAUGGUGGUUCUCGAAAUGGCCAACGGAAAGUGCCAUUGCAAAGCAAUCCAACCGAAGAAGCAAGAUCGAACGAGGAAGGUACCCCUACGAGGCGAAGAACUUCCUAGACCUCUACGAGUGCCUCUGUGCCCAGCCAGAGCCUCGUUUGGAUCCGGGAAAGUUCCCUCAAGCUCUUUGCGACUUCGUGGCACAGUGCUUGAGAAGAGACGACACGAAGCGUCCAGAUGCCAUGGCGCUGUUGAAGCAUGAGCUUGUGGAAAGUCAAGGUCCUGACCAGGUAAAGCUCCUGGCGGAAUGGCUUGCCACG